UACCAUGGCAACCUGCAGGCAGACAGACUCUCUAUUCAUUUAGUAUUUUCGCUUGACCAAAAUACUCUUUAUACUCUAGUCUGGAACUGGAAGUCGAGUCGUCUGAUAGGAUUCAUUCCUCACAAUUUUCUGUGAAUUUUUCUAGUAGAUUAAUUAAUAAUGGCUUUCAGUAUUUUAAAAUCACUUCUAACUGCGUCGCGAACAGUUGUCAGUGGGUCUGCGAGACGUUAUGUAUCUACUUUUCCUGCCUUGAAAAGUUCAUCUCAUGAAACAAAAACUCAAGAAUUAAGACCUACAAUUCGACAAAAGAAAGAUGAAACAGAUAUUGAACAAUUAAAAGAUUUUGGUCAAUAUGUUGCUGAUUGUUUACCAAAGUACGUCCAAAAAGUGCAAAUAGCAGCCGUGGAUGAACUGGAAAUUUUAAUUGCUCCGGAAGGUGUUUUAGGAACAAUUUCAUUUCUCAAGAAUCACCACAACGCCCAAUUUACCAAUAUUGUGGACAUUACAGCCAUUGAUGUUCCCAGCAGGUCCUACAGAUUUGAACUCAUUUAUAUGCUGCUUUCUGUCCAAUAUAAUUCACGUAUUCGAGUGAAAACUUAUACAGAUGAAUUGACUCCAAUUGAUUCGAUUACUGGGAUAUUUGAAGGAGCUAAUUGGUACGAAAGAGAAGUUUGGGACAUGUAUGGAAUCUUUUUCUCAAAUCAUCCUGACCUUAGAAGAAUUCUGACUGACUACGGAUUUGAAGGUCACCCGUUAAGAAAAGAUUUUCCACUUAGUGGAUACGUUGAGAUUCGAUACGACGAUGAAAAGAAGAGAGUAGUUGCUGAGCCAAUUGAGUUGGCACAAGAAUUUCGCAAAUUUGAGCUUUCUACACCUUGGGAACAAUUUCCAAAUUUCAGAAAAAGUCUUUCUGAGCAAGCUUUAGAGAAGAAAUAAAUUUUUUCGAAUCUGAAGAUUAUUUAAUAUAUUACACGUUUGUUUAAAAAAUUGAGUUACUAUAAAACGGUAGAUUGUAUGCAAUCUUUGAGCACUAAAAUACUGUUUUAAAAAGUUAAUAAAACUCUUAGUACAAA